GUAAUUUUCAAACACAAAAUUGAUAAAAACUAAUGUAACGAUAAGAAGAAUCUUCAUAUGCUAAUCAACAGAUUGUUUAUUUAAUGGAAUAAUAUUUUUAAAAUUGCAAAGAAGCAAUAUAGCAAUAAGAAUAUAAUGGUGUCAGAGCGACUAUUACAAUUAUCACAACCAUUAGAACGACGCCUAAACGUAAAAUAUGAUCAAUUAAAAAUGAGACUUGAUUCACCAAGAGUUAGUAAUUAUAGCAGUAAACCGUCAUCAUUGUUUUAUGAUCGUUUGAUGACCUUAGCUGAACCCCGAUAUCGAUGUAAAAAAUAUGUUAACCCUGAAAUCGAAUAUAUUAGUAACAAAACAAAUAUAAACAGUUGCAAGAAAUUUGCUGAUAACCGUGUAUAUUAUAACGCAUGUUCAUCUUCAUCAGCAACUGAAGUCACCAACAUGAGACAUUUCAAUAAAAUAAUAAAAAAUCGAAAUAAACGUGAGAAAAAUUUGAUAAAACUGCAUAUGAAGACACCAAAAAUGAAAGAAUCUGAUCAAGUUACACGAAUGAAUCGUAAAACUUACGUGGCGAUUGAUUCAAAUGAAGAAAAAAAACCUAAACAGAUUGCUGAAGAACGUUUAGUGAAUUUGGCUACACCACGCUAUCGUCGAGAAAAAUUCAUUGAUUCAAACGCACAGUAUGAUGUAAAUUAUCAUUCUUCACAAUUAAUGAAAAAAUUAUCCCAAAUGAAUAAACAAGCGGCGUCAUCAUCAUUGUCUUCUCAAUAUAGAACAAACAACGAAGUGCUUCAACUUGCAGAAGAUAUUAGAAAAUAUAAAAACGAUGUAAUAACGGAAAUGAUAAUACCGAAAUAUUUAAGAAAACAACCUCAAAUUGAUGACGAUUUUAGGAAAGUGAGCAAAUUAUUAAAUAAAAAAAGUGUUAGCAAUGAAUAUAAUGAUGAUGAUAUUUUUAAUAGAUCAUUUAUUAGGACUCAAUCUGAAUUACGUUUUUUAAGAAAGCAAAUUAUAUUAAGCCGUAAAUUCAAAACAAGAGUUUCACCAAUCAAAAAAUUUCCGACAACAAUAUUGUGGCAUUUUACAAAAUCAAAAAAGAAACGUGGAACGUACUCAAAGAAAUUAUCUAAAAUUAAUACGAAUACCAAUUAUUCUGAAACAUGUGACGGUGAGAAAAAUUCCGAACAGCCUGAAAUAUGUGGCGGCGUAAAGAAUUACGAAAAAACUGAAACAUUUAACGCUGAGAAGGAAUAA